CCGCCCCGCCCCGCCCCCGCCGCGCGCCGCCCCCGCCCGCCAAGUGGCGCCGCUGCUUUCGGCGCCCUCCCGCCGCUGCCGCGGGUCUUUCCCGCCGCGCCGGGGCGGUGCGGAGCGGAGCGGUGCGGAGCGGAGCGGAGCGGGGCCCAUGGUGCUGAUGAGCGAGCCGCGCGGCGAGGCGGAGGAGGCGAAGGCGGCGCGGGCCGCGGGGCGGCGGGAGCAGAGGGGCGCCGCGCUGCUUUCAGAUGGAGAAAAUGGAUCAGAUGAGAAAAGAAAGACAGGAAAAUCACCGACUAUAUUGCUGCAGACCCCUAUCAGUGAAGUGGAAUAUUUUGAUGACCGGAAAAAAGUUGGUGUUGCUAGGACAAAGAACAGUGCAGAUAGUCCACCCAUGACAAUGGACAUCAAGAGCGACUUGAAGAUUGAGAGGAAAAAAUGUGUCUCAAAUCAGCUGAAGGCAAAUGCACACUUUCAUAAGCUGUUUAUGGAGGUUCCCAUUGAUGAGCCACUGAAACAAAGUUUUACCUGUGCUCUGCAGAAGGAAAUUCUGUACCAAGGAAAGUUAUUUCUUUCUGAAAACUGGAUUUGCUUCCAUUCCAAGGUUUUUGGUAAAGACACUAAGAUUAGUAUACCUGUGCUCUCAGUGACACUACUAAAGAAAACCAAAACUGCCCUCCUUGUGCCAAAUGCUCUGAUCAUAGCAACACUUACAGAUAAAUACAUGUUUGUCUCCUUGCUCUCCAGAGAUACCACCUACAAGCUAUUAAAAUCUAUCUGUAGACAUCUUGAGGAUAUGAGUGUCGGCAACAGUCCCAAUCCCUCUUCGGCUGAAAACAGUUUCAGAGCUGAUCGUCCUACAACUCUGCCCCUGGAUUUCAAUGAAGACUAUUCUGAUCUGGAUGGUAUAGUGCAGCAGCGGAGACAAGAGAUGGAGGAGUCCAGCAGUACAGGCUCCCAAACCCCGGAGCUGGAACGCUUCCAAGAUUAUCAUGUUAUUGAGACACAGACCCACUUGAAAGUUUCCAAGACUGAGGCAAAGCCUGUCCGUUCAGAUGUACACAGUAAACGUGUACCUGAAGGAAAAGCCAGGAACACUCCUCGAAAUGGUGAUUCUGAAGCCUUCAGGUUCUUCCACAAAGUGAAGUCCCAGGAGCUUUUAUCUCUGAACCAAAUACUUAUAUUCUAUGCAGUUCUUGUCUGUGUAUUGAUAUUUUCUACCUUCUACAUGAGAUAUAAAAUCAAUGUCCUAGAGGAACGUCUUAUUUCCAUGACAUCCUUUGAGUCACAUGUUAAGGAACAACCAGUACGCCAAGGUUUGGGAUCCCAUCUGCAAAUUAAUGCUGAUGCCCUCUGUGAUGAGUUAACUGCUAAUCUUAUAAAAUUGGAAAAGGGACAGGAGAAUGGAGGGGGGAGAAACAGGCUGUGUAAAUCAAUCUGUGCAAAUUAUCCUGAGGAUGUGACUGCCUGGCAUUGCCUUCAGCAGAACUGAGAGAAAAUACAAAACAACUUGCAAAGACUACUUGAAGAUGGUGAAUGAAAUGUUGAUGUUCUCGGACCUCUUCAGACCUCAGUCUUCUGCUCCUGACAAACAGUUCCAAAAGAGCUCUGCUGGCCAGAGUUCAAGCUUCUUAUUUUUGAUCCAAGCCAAGUUUAAACUACUGUAUAUCUCAUGUCACAAUGUAGAAAGUCAGUCUAUUCUUGAGCAAUUACAUAUAUCUAUAUAUUUUGAAAAUAAGUUUUUUUCCUUCUCUGUUGAUGUGUGAAAUUAAUGGAUUUUAUAGCUUGUUUGAUUCUAGACUUGCUUACACCAGUGUAAACCUGGUGUGACUGCAUUUUACCUCAGCAUUUUUUUUCCUGUCCUUUGUCACACAGGUGUAAAUGGGAAGAAUUUCAGUCAUGACCUAUCACAUGCAGAAGUGUGGUGCGUGAAUGAGCUGGGUAUCUCACAACUGUGGCUCUGAAUCAAUGCUGUGCUCUUGGUUUUCACUCCUUUCAGACCUAGCAUCCCAAAGAUCAGAGAACAGACAUCUCUGGAUUUGAUUCUGUGGAGUCCUGAGUGCUCAGUAUGUGCUCAGUUCUCAGGUGCUGUAAAUAGGCUCAAUUUCACUGUCUGUGGCACUGCAUCACUGCUGAAGGUGAGGUCUGUUGCUACUGGGCAUUCAAUUUCCAUUGAAUUCAAACUUGAAAUAUGUAUGGACUCACCAACUUAACAAUCAAACUGCUUGUAGUUAGCAGUAUGGGUGUGACAUGUCUGCACAGCUUAGAAAAGCUGCUGUAGUUUUUCUAUCCACUCAUACAGUCUCUGUCCAUUAAGUUACUCAGCGCUAAGAGCUGCAGUCAGCAUUUCUAGAGUCUUGGUUGGCUGAGCAAGUGCAAUUCAUGUUCCAGCUCAUGGACAUCUAGUUUUUGUGACUCCAGAGACUGGAUUUUUCCACAUAAUAAGAACUGGCAAAUUAGUGAUGUAGCAAUAGAAACAGUUUCAGUAGAGUGAAUGAAAGAAAAUGGAUGCCUGCUUUGUUAUAUUUAAACUAUUGUUUUCACAGUGCCUGAGAUGGGAUAACUGAUUUUUAGCUUUCUGAUUCACAAAGCAGGCUAGUUAGUUUUAAAAAGCAAUAUUUAGGAUUAUAUCAGUUAGUAUCUGUAAAGUAACAGUAUUGUUUAUAUAUGCUAUGCAUUUUAUAACCAUUUCUGUGAAAUGUAUCUUACUUUGUUUAAAUAAACUUUUUGUAAAACAAA